CGUCUUGUGUUGUUGCACCAGAGCUGCUGUCAUGUGAUAGCUCGUCCGAGGAGCUGCUGUUGACAGUAGCUUCCUACAUUCAGCUACAUGAAGCUAAAGUAAAAAACCAAGCAGGAGAGUGUUUCUGUUUCGUUGUAGAAGAUAAACACGGCUCGUUUCUGACGGAGAAGCCGGGGUCGUGUAGCUUCGCCCCUCGGGACGCUGAACGCUGAACAUGGGUUGUUGCUAUAGCAGCGAGAACGAGACCACAGAGCAGGAAAAUGAUGAACGUAAGCCGCUGAUCCCCCACCCGAACCCUGUCAGCAAACCCCCAAAUGGGACUGACUGGAUCAGUAACAGUGUCCCCUCAGCGAGGACGGAUGAACAGGCCCUCCUUACAUCCAUCCUCACCAAGACGGCACAGAACAUCAUUGAUGUCUCAGCAGCUGACUCUGUCAUGAUGGAGCAGCAUGAAUAUAUGGACAAAGCUCGGCAAUACAGUACAAAACUGGCUGUGUUGAGCAACACUUUGCCCCAGAAGAAAGCCCUCGCUCUCCCCUCCCUCACCAGCCAGCCCCACCAAGUGCUUGCGAGUGACCUGGUGCCAUACUCAGAUAUUCAACAGGUGUCCAAGAUAGCAGCUUACGCUUACAGUGCAAUCUCUCAAAUCAAAGUGGAUGCUAAAGAAGAACUGGUGGUCCAGUUUGCCAUUCCCUGAUUCUGCGACCCUGGCCUGCAUAUUGCUCCUCCCAUCCCGCUCUCUCUGUGUCACUUCUGCAUCCUCACCCUCCAGCCCACCCUCUAUUAAAGCAUCUUGGUCCUUGUGCUUCUUAGCUAUGCCUCUAACUGCUAUAAAGACAGAGACGGUGUAGGAUUGCACCCUAUGGCUGUCCUUUAGUGUACUUAAUUAUGGGUCAGUGACGAAUCGUCAGCAUGGGCAAUGGAAUAUGGUCUACUGUAGAUGGGCCAUUGGGGUGUGCUCUCAUAUUUACAACAACAAGGCCUCCUCUGUACAUGGAUCACAGACUCUGUCAGAACCAGCUGUGGAAAAAAAAAAUCAUCAUUCAUCCAUCUUGGUGAUCGCUCUAAACGGUUUCAGGGCUCUCUCAGUAUCUUUAUUUAGUUAGUUUCCGUAUCCUGUGAACUCAGGCAAGCAAGGGUAGCUCCGCACCCCAGACUGUUAUAAAGGCUUGGAAGAAUAUACAGUGUAUUCACCUGGGACAGAGCUGUGUGAUUUUAGAAAUCUCUGUGACAUGGAAGAAUUUGAAUUAUCACAGUACCAUAGGUGCAAGACAAAAACUUGCAACAUGGCAAUUAAGUUUGUACUUCAUUUGUCUUUAACUCCGAAAACAAAGCCAGAAAAAAGAGAGUAUGUGUUAAAAGUGUCAUUAUAAUUUAAAAGGUUGUUAUACUAUAGUCCUGAUCUCUAGUGUGUAAUCUGUUAUUCCAGUUGAGGCUAAAUCAUGAGUGACCCGUCUAUGGCUGGUGUCCUCUGGUGAGUGAGGUAUGCAAACACAAGCAGGAGGGUGCUGGGUGGGCUUGCUAAUGCCACAGGGGAGGGGGAAGAUGGAGCUUUCUUGGGGCACAGGUUCUCAAGUUUACAGACAGUAAUUUGUCCUCUGCAAGUUCUCUAGCACUAAAAAAAAAAAAAGACUCUUUAAAUCAAAUCCCAGAACUUCACAUAUUUAAUAGCAGUGGAGGCGUACAGAGAUGGAGGGGGUUGGUGUGUGGAGGGUGCAGGAACAGAAAUCAUGUAUUCAUGGCGCCUUUGUACAGAAUUUUCUGAUUGAAUAUAAAAACGGAUGAUGGAUUGUAUGAAGUUCCUCUUUUUGCAGAGAGUUCAUCGGUCAGGAUUGGCAAAGAUCUUGUGGUGAUGAUAAAUGUUUUUAUGAAACACAAGAACACUUUUAAGGCCUGCAUUUGUCGGCUUUUAAACAAAAGCUUUUCGCUGCAGAUUGUAAUAUGAUUGAGUUGUUCAUAUUAAUCAGAAACUAACCAUUGUAGCAGUGUGGGGGGAGAGCGCUAACAAUCCAUGUACCACAGCAGAUAAAAUGAUCCGAGACCUU